AACCGUCUGAACCGGUUAACUUUAACCCCGCUGUGUCUUCUUCACCGGAAACCCUACGCUCUUUCUUUCCGCUAAUCUUCAUCUUCUUCAUUUUCUCUCUCUCUCUAGAAAACUCUGAAUAUGGUGAAAACCGGUGGGAAUAGGAAUAAUAUUCUUGUGUAGAGUGAAUUUCGCCCACUAUUCAUCGCCACCAUCUUCUCCGGAUUCUGGUUUUCGUCUCCAAAUCAUGCGUUCCCCUCUCCUUUCUUAUCCAAUCGCUCAUCUCUCUCUCUUGGGUGCCAAUCACACCUCCGCUCGAUUCUGUUCGCGAUAAACCGCGUUUUUUUUAAUCUCUCGCUCUGAACCCUUUUCUUAUUUUUCUUCUCAGACGGGAAAAAUCGAAGCUUUAGAUACAGAUUGUGUGCGUAUAGUUUCAAGGGAUCUUGUUCGGGAUGGAUCACGGGGCCGGGAAAUCGAGUUUUCUGAGGAAUAUACUGGUGCGGGUGUUCUUGUUUUGCGUUGCAAUUAUUGGGUUUCGGUUCGCGUAUAUUGUGACACUGCGAGGGGAGUCAUGUGACCUAGGCGACUUCUGUUUCUUCUCUCUGCCGGAGAAUUUCAACAUUGUCUCCGUGACUACACAGCUCACGAAGCCGUCGGCGGCGGUUAUGACGAGCGAGGCGGUCGGAAAGUCGGCUCCGGCGAAGCCCAAGCUCCCCGAUCUCUGGGCCACCAAGGAUUUCCAGAAGGCGGCUAAGUUCUACUCGUCGGUGUUUCAAGAUCUGAUCGCCGAGGGGUUUUUGAACCCGUAUUGGAAGGCCCUUUGCGUGGACACGGAGAAGGGUCCCGACGUUUUCGCCCUGAGAGAGAUCGGAGUUUCCGACUCCGUCGGGAUUUUCAAGAAAGCGUCGAAGCCGCUGGUGGUUUCCGGGCAGGGUAUUAAGCAGCCGUUCGACGAUAACUCCUUCGAUUUCAUAUUUUCCGGCGCCGGAAUGAUCGAUAAGUCCAAGAAGCCCGCAGACUUCGCGGGCGAGAUUUGCAGGACUCUGAAGCCCGAAGGGUUUCUGGUGGUCCAUACAGGUUCCAAAGAUACGUAUAGUUUCAAUUCUUUGAUUGGUUUGUUUAACUGUUGUAAAUUGGUGAAGUCUAGGGAUAUUGAUGGGUUUGAUUCAAAAUUGUUAUCAAUUCGUGAAAUUAUUAUGCAAAAAGAGGGUGAAGGUGAUAGCCAUGGCUUGAGAAAUCCCAAUUCUGGGACUAAAUGCUCUGUUCCAGAUUACAAGCUGCAAUUGAUCAGAAAAGCUGAGCCUUUGAUCAUGGAGGAACCGAAAAAGCCAUGGAUUACUCUGAAGAAGAAUAUAGGGAACAUAAAGUACUUGACUUCAAUGGCUGAUAUCAAUUUCAAGCAGAGAUAUGUGUAUGUUGAUGUUGGGUCAAGGAGCUAUGGCUCCAGCAUUGUGAGUUGGUUUAAGAAACAAUACCCGAAACAGAACAAGACCUUCGAGAUUUAUGCGAUUGAGGCCGACAAGACGUUUCAUCAAGAGUACAAGACCAAGAAAGCUGUGACAUUGCUGCCAUAUGCCGCUUGGGUCAAGAACGAGUCGUUGUUCUUCGAGAUUAACCAAACCCCGGGUGACAAAGACGUGGUGAAAGGGCGAGGAAUGGGGAGAAUUCAGCCGGUUCAAUCAUCAGCCAACGCUGUGAGCGAUGUGGAUAGGAUACAAGCUUUCGACUUUGCUGAGUGGUUGAAGAGCGCAGUGAGCGAGAGAGAUUACGUGGUGAUGAAGAUGGACGUGGAAGGGACUGAAUUCGAUUUGAUCCCGAGGUUGUUUGAGACGGGGGCGAUUUGUCUGAUCGAUGAACUGUUUCUCGAAUGCCAUUACAACCGGUGGCAGAAAUGCUGCCCGGGGGAGAGGAGUUCCAAGUAUGAGAAAACCUAUGACCAGUGCAUGGAUGUGUUUACCUCUCUUAGAGAAAGUGGAGUUCUUGUUCAUCAAUGGUGGUGACUGAUAGCAACCCUGAAACAUUGUGUCUAACUUCACCUCCUUUAGUCUGUUGCCAUUUUCCAGUUUACAGAAAAAGAAAAUUAUACCAGUUCUUUUAUUUAGAUGCUACUUGUACUCUCAUUUCAUUUGUAUCUAUUCUUGCUCCUUUCAAAAGAAAUCAAUCUACAUUCAAAGCUGUUCCAUAUC